AUGGCGAAGCACCUCGCGGCGAAAGCGCACGCGGCGGCGGCGAAGUCGCCGGCGAGCAAGGCGAAGUCGCCCAAGGGGGGCGGCGGCGGCGGUAAAAAAACCGCCUCCGCCUCCGCGCUGCUGUACUGCGUCAAGUGGGAAGGAUGCGGGUACCGUCGUCGGUCGUGGGAGACCGCGGGCGACCUCGACGCGCUCAAGUCUGGGAAGCCGAAGCUGGUGUCGUUUAAGCGGCGACACGCGCAAAACCCGGAUCUCACCACGGAGCCGUUCCCGGCGCAGUACCUCGUCGUCGACCGCUCCUCGGAGGAGGAAGACGACGACGACGACGACGCGGACGACGCGGAGCCUUCGCACGAGUACCUCGUGAAAUGGCGCGGGCUCGGGUACGGCGAGGCGACCUGGGAGACCGCCGCGUUGCUGUCCUCCGACGUGGACGCCGCGCACGUCGCGGCGUACGAGAAGAGGAACGACCUGAAGGCGAAACGCGCGAUCCACGCGACGGCGGCGGAGAACCAAAAGAACGGCGCGAAACUUCCGGCCAAGCCGACGCCGCCCGAGUUCAAGAACAACAUGGCGCUGCGCGAGUACCAGGUCACGAGCUUCGAGUGGAUGGUCGGCAACUACCGCCGCCGCCAGAACGUCAUCCUGGGCGACGAGAUGGGGCUGGGAAAAACCGCGCAGUGCAUCGCGGUGAUGGAGCACGUUCGGACGAAGCACCUGGCGGCGCCGCGACCGUUUCUCGUCGUCGCGCCGUUGACGACGCUCGGGCACUGGAAGCGCGAGAUGGAGAAGUGGACGGACAUGAACGUCGUCACCCUGGACGGGACCGCGCGCGAUCGCGAGGUGUGCCAGGAGACGGAGUUUUACUUCGAGUCGAGAGGCGCGAAGGGACCGGCGAAGUUUGACGUGCUGCUCAUCUCGUUCGAGACGGCGAGACGGCUCACGGAGUUAAUCGCGGAGUUUCAGUGGGCGCUGUGCGUCGUCGACGAGGCGCAUAAGCUCAAGGACGUGAACAGCAUGACGACGCAGGCGGUCAUGGACAUCGGGUACGACUGGCUGUUGCUUCUCACGGGGACGCCGAUUCAGAACAACGUCAAAGAGCUGUUCGGGAUGAUGCACGUGCUCGAUCCGGUGCAGUAUCCGUCGUGGGAGGAGUUCCAGAACGAGCACUGCGGCGGCCAAGACAGAGAGGUGGACGCCGAUCAGGUGAUGCAACUCCGCAAGGUGCUGCAGCCGAGAAUGCUUCGAAGGAUGAAGGAGGACGUGGAGACGAUCCCCGCGAAGGAGGAGAUCGUCGUCUGGGUCGAGCUCACCGCGGAGCAGAGGGCGUACUACAGGAUGAUUUACGAGAAGCAAGUCCACGUGCUGAUGGAAGGGAACAAGUCCAAGAACGUGCCGCAACUGCGCAACUUGUGCAUGGAACUUCGCAAGGUGUGCAACCACCCGUUCCUGUGCGACGGCGCGGCGGCGAAAGCCGCCGCGGACGCCGCCGCCGCCGGCGUCGCGCCGCCGACGCCGCCGGCGCCGCCGACGUCGCUCGAUCUCCUCACCGGCGCCUCCGGAAAGAUGGUCCUCGUCGCGAAGCUCCUCGCGAAGCUCAAGUCCGAGGGGAAGAAGGUUCUCAUCUUCUCGCAGUUCACGAUCGUGUUGGACAUCUUGGAGGACUACCUCGGGAUGAUGAAGUACGAGUACGAACGCCUCGACGGGAGCACGAGCCAGGCGGAUCGCCAAGCCGGGAUCGAUCGGUUCAACCAGGACGGCCAGGGAUUCGUGUAUCUCUUGUCCACUCGCGCGGGCGGGAUGGGGAUCACGCUGACCGCCGCGGACACCGCGAUCAUCUACGACUCGGACUGGAACCCGCAGAACGACCUCCAG